UUGCUUCCUCUCUUCUCUCCCACACCAUCCAAUAUUUUCACAAUCUAUCUCUCUUUGAUUUCCCAUUUUCAAUUCCCAGAGGAAAACAAAUCAUUCGCUUUAAUUCUCUACAGCAUUUUUAAUUUAGCCAUGGCAGGAACUGGGGUUGUUGCUGUUUAUGGUAACGGCGCAAUGACCGAAACCCACACCAAAUCCCCUUUCUCGGUAAAAGUGGGGCUAGUCCAGAUGCUCCGGGGAGGGGUCAUAAUGGAUGUGGUCACUCCCGGACAAGCACGUAUCGCUGAAGAAGCCGGAGCAUGUGCCGUCAUGGCUCUCGAACGAGUCCCCGCUGAUAUCCGAACCCAAGGUGGCGUCGCUCGAAUGAGUGACCCACAACUCAUCAAAGAAAUCAAGCAAGCUGUUACCAUCCCCGUCAUGGCCAAGGCCCGUAUUGGUCAUUUCGUUGAAGCCCAGAUCCUGGAAGCCAUCGGCAUCGAUUACGUCGACGAGAGCGAAGUUCUUACCCCCGCCGACGAAGAAAACCAUAUCAACAAACAUAACUUUCGGGUCCCAUUCGUUUGCGGGUGUCGAAAUUUGGGGGAAGCGCUUCGGAGGAUCCGGGAGGGAGCUGCUAUGAUUAGAACCAAAGGGGAAGCUGGGACCGGCAACAUCGUCGAAGCCGUUAGGCACGUGAGAUCCGUGAUGGGAGACAUUAGGGUGCUUAGGAACAUGGAUGAUGAUGAGGUUUUCACCUUUGCCAAGAAAAUCCUGUCCCCCUAUGAUUUGGUCAUGCAGACGAAGCAGCUGGGAAGGCUGCCGGUGGUCCACUUCGCCGCCGGUGGAGUAGCGACGCCGGCCGAUGCUGCACUGAUGAUGCAGUUGGGUUGUGAUGGAGUGUUUGUGGGGUCUGGGGUUUUCAAGAGCGGUGACCCGGCUAGACGUGCCCGGGCCAUUGUUCAGGCCGUCACUCAUUACAGUGAUCCUGAGGUGCUUGCGGAAGUUAGCUGUGGUCUUGGUGAGGCUAUGGUUGGUAUUAAUUUGAAUGAUAAGAAUGUGGAGAGGUUCGCUGCCCGCUCUGAUUAGUAUAUUUCAAGCUUCUUUGGGGGAAUCAUUUGAUCAUGCAACUACAAUCACUUGCACUCUUUCCGGUUUAUACGAGUUAAGUCUUUCUUACAGAGGGGUGUCAUUUUAUGUCAUAAUGUUGGUCAAGUGAAAUUGUUUUCUAAAAUUAGAUCUCUAAGAUUGCGAGGAACUGAAUAACUCAUCUUUGCAUUCUGCAACUAUAGUAAAUGUAACCUUUUUAUCAGUUAGGCCCUGGAGAAACUUGACCUGCAUUUUCAGGUGGUAUUGGUGUGUGUGGCUGUGCUGGUUAUCAAAGUGUCUUUUGUUUCACA